AUCUCAGAUGGGCUAACGUAUCAAGGGUUUUAGAGUAAAUUCGAAAUGUUCUGGGGGUAGACUGGACAAUAUCUCAGGCGCAGCUUAGCAUGAACUUGGAUUUGCUAAUAUGAGCUCGUCGUCUCUCUGUUUGCCGCUAUAGUUUUAACUUCAGUGACCCACAGUUACCUGUAUAAAUUUCUGCUGUGCUGUUGCUUUCAGUUGAAUGCUUCCUUGGCAUGGAAGCGAGAAAUCAACAACUCACCACUAGGGAGAAAGGUUGGAUUUUAAUUCUAAAUAUCCAAUUCUCUCUGUUUCGUUUUCCAAUUUUUUAGUCACUUGGAUUUUUUGAUCCUUUGUUAAUUGGGUUGUAUGAGGUUUUCUAUGAUCUGAGGCAAUGGUUGGCGCUAUUCAUUUUGGCGUUUUGGCUGCUUGCAUCGUCCUCUUUGUCCCGAUGAGGAUGGCAGGUUGGCAUCUCAGCCGCAACAAGAUGCUCUUUUUCAGCGGAGCACUCUUCAUAACCCUCGCAAUAGGUGUUCACCUCACGCCUUACUUCCCUUCCAUUUCUGAUUUCCUCUCUUCUUUAUCUUCUGUUAUGAUAGAGAAUCGUGAUUCUUGUAUCUCUUUCUUACAUGAGAUUGUCUGGGAUGUGAAACCAAUUAGGGUUCGUGAAGCUUUGAUUAGUAAUUCUAGUUAUGUAGAGUCAUGGGCUUGGAUGAAAUCUACGCCUGUGAUUGCUUGUGGGUUCCAGAAACUGAGUCGUUCGGAUGCUUCUGAUCUCCUUAAUGGGUCGUGGGUUGUUGUAGCUGGGGAUUCCCAGGCUCGUCUGGUUGUCCUGUCGCUGCUGAAUUUGGUUAUGGGUCCUGGGGAGAUGGAAUCUGUGCGGGGAGAUCUGUUUAAAAGACAUAGUGAUUACCGGGCAGUAAUUGAUGAAAUUGGGUUGAAAUUGGAUUUUGUCUGGGCUCCUUAUAACAGGAAUUUGACUAGUCUUUUGAUGGAUUUCAAGGCCAACCACCAGUAUCCUGAUGUUUUGGUAAUCGGUUCUGGUCUGUGGCAUAUGCUGCAUGUCAAUAAUGCAUCAGACUAUGGUGUUUCUUUACGAUGGGUGAGGAAGUCAGUGGUUUCACUAAUGCCUGUUUCUCUAGAAUAUGGGAAUGACAGGUCUAUCACUGGUUCCCUCUCCAUAAGAUCACCCCACAUGUUUUGGCUUGGCAUGCCAACUUUGGUAAGCUCAAUGUUGAACACAGAAGAGAAAAGACAGAAGAUGAACAGUGCGAUGCAGGAUGCUUAUGAUAAAGAGCUUUAUGAAAGUAAGCUUUUGUGUGAGUCUGGGGGUCCACUAUUGCUGCUCGAUAUCGAAUCUUUGAGUAGAAAUUGUGGGCUUCAGUGUACAUUUGAUGGGAUGCAUUAUGGUGAAGCAGUUUAUGAAGCUGCAGUUCAUAUCAUGUUCAAUGCAUUGCUUAUUGAAUCUCAUCAGCAGCUUUGAAUGGUGCACUGUUUGUUGCUUGCCUGGUUGCCAUUCUUUGCAUCUUCCUGCAUGAUGAAUAAUUCAGUUUGAAGUAAACUCAUUGAAUUCAAAGCUUUUGAUCCUCACAAGAGGUGGACUUUUGCCCCUAAAUAGUUUUUGUUCCCGCAUCUGUUCUGCAACACUUGAGGGGACUUAGCAUUGAUUUUUAUUUAUUUUUUCUCAUUUUGGUUGGGAUAGUAGUUUUCAAGGGAAGGUGAACAGUUUGAAAAGUCGUACUUGUAGCAUACAUGUCUCAAUUUUAAAAGCUUGUUGAGGUAUUUGGGUGAUCUUUUGUUUGGAUUUUGAGUUGCAUUUUAAGGUUGUGUAGCACUACUUUGAAGCAAUAUUGGUAUAUUGGAGUGUUUCCUGGAUUUUCCUCAUUGUCAAAAUCAAAGUGGGAUUCAGCAAUGCUUUUCCAGAGAAGAUAAUUGUGUUUAAAUAAAAAUUAAGAAAGUUAAUCUCAUAAUUUUUUUUUAAAUGCCCACACAUAUUAGGCUGAUCAUUAUGAGUACUUGGCAGUAUUGUAAGAGUAUGCUUUUAUGCUAUGAUUCAUCUCAGCUUCAUCUUAUGGAGGCUGAUUUUACAAUAUGUAUGAACUGUUAAGGUUCCAUAUGCUGCUCUUUUAUCAGUGGUUCACAACAACCUAUGCUGUACUUUUACUAGUGGUUUGCAGCGAUCUAUGUUGCACUUUUUUUUAUCUGUCUUAUUUGUGAAGAUUACUACCUGCCUUUCUUGAGAAGGGCUUAUGAUGUUGUCGUUAAUAUGAUAUUUUGGAUUGUGGUUGGAUUCUUUGUUGCUUAUUUUUUUCGUUGCUCUUUGAAUUGAUUUGAUAAGAAGAUUUUUCUCUAUUAAUGUUGCUGAUGAUUGGUGUGUGCUUGAGUUGAUAUUCUACCAGAAUGAAGUUCUCUCUGUGUUCACUGGCAUCUACGAUUGCUAUAUAUGUUCAAGCCUGUUUGAUGGGGACAUCUAUGUAUACCAGCGGCGUAGGUGCAAGGCCCAGUCACAUGUGCAUUCCAUCUGGCUGGAGGAAAGCUAGAAGAAAGAAGAAGGAAGACUAAAA